UCCUCAGCCACUAGCCCCGUUCAUUUCUCGCUUGCCGUUGUUCGCUCUCACUGCUCUGGAGCUCACAGUCAGCUAAUCUUGACUGGUUAAGAAUCCGACUCGUUCAAAUCUCUCUGUUUCUCUCCAACAAACAUCAAAUGAUAAACAUGGCGACACCUAAAAGACUUAUAUUAUAGCUCGGGAUGGAGACGCUGAGACUCGCAAUUAUCUGUUCCCAUCUCCGCCCAAUCGGUCCGAGAUCCAGUCAGACCCGAUUACCAACUCCUUACAUGUCGGGUUGCGCAGCUGGAUCCAAUGAAGAGCCGCCACCGGCUGACUCUAAGUCAGGGAGUCCAGAAAACGACUGCAUUUUUUGCAAGAUCAUCCGCGGCGAAUCUCCUUCUCUCAAGCUUUACGAGGAUGACAUGUGCCUGUGCAUCUUGGAUGUAAAUCCACUCUCUCGUGGGCACUCUCUUAUCAUCCCAAAAUCCCACUUUUCCUCCUUGGAAGCAACUCCUCCAUCUGUGGUAGCUGCAAUGUGUUCAAAAGUUCCUUUUAUUAGCAACGCCAUCAUGAAAGCUACUGGUAGUGAUUCUUUCAACUUGUUGGUUAACAAUGGUGCAGCAGCUGGUCAAGUUAUAUUUCAUACUCACAUUCAUAUAAUACCUCGGAAGGAGCGUGAUUGCUUAUGGGCUUCUGAGAGUUUGCACAGGCGUCCCCUAAAGUUGGACAAAGAAGCUUCCCAACUUGCAAACCAUGUGAGGGAAUGGUUAUCGAGCAGGCUGGAAUACAGUAAGAGCCAAGAUUCUAGUCAUCCAUGAAAUUUAGGGUAUUGGUAAUCGCCUGUUGUAAUUUAUUUAUAUCCUAUGGUCUGAUAGAAUAUGAGUGUAUAGUCCAUUGUUGGUUUUAGUUUUAUUUUUUCCUUUUAACAUUUUUUGUGUUAGGUACUCUGAUAAUUUUGACUUCAUAUGUACAUCAGAAAGCACAGAAAACUGAGAGGGAUAGAAGGCAAGAAAGCAUUCUCAAAUUUCAUUAUCUUGUGCAACAAAUUACUUUUGUCUUCUCUCAUCUUCUUUGUAAUAAUUUACCUGUCUUGUGGAGUUCGGCUGCCAUAAUCAGUCAUCUUUAUUAUGAUCAGUGCAGCUGAAAGAGAGGAUUGGUUGAUAAUUAUGUGCAGUUGUUGCUUUGUUUAUGUCGUAUUUAUUUUUAGGGAUGAAGGCAACCCAUCUCUAUCCAGUGUUUCUUCUUGGCAUUCUC